AUGUUUAUGGUGGAGGUGAGGCGUGAACAGCGGGAUACAUCGCCCUCAGUGAAUCACUAUCUGCCUUACUUGGUGUCACGCCUCCGCAAAGAAUUUUCACCGGAAGACGAGGCCAACACUAGUGCCUCCAUUAGCAUUACAAGCCUAUUCUUGAUCGUUGCACCCUUCGCUGUGCCCGCCAUCCUUUACACCGUGACCAACAACAUGGACAUUUUCAUCCAGAUGGAAAUGGAUCCAGCCACGUAUCAAGUACAUUCCUAG